AUGGCCGCUACCGAUGAGAUUCACAUCACGAUUCAUGGAAAGGGCGGACAUGCGGCCUUGCCACACCAGACCGUCGAUCCGAUCACUAUUGCGGCCCAGGUGAUCAGCAGCUUACAGCAAGUAGUAUCGCGCAAGAGCAAUCCUAUAUCGCCAUCCGUACUCAGCUUUGGUAUGAUCGCCGGGGGGACUGUGAAUAAUGUAAUACCGGACAAUGUAGAGCUGGCCGGCACCUUACGGACGAUGGACGAGGCCUGGCGCGAAGAAGCACAUCGCCUGAUCCAUAGUAUUGUGCAGCAUACCUGUGAGGCAUUUGGGGCUACCGCCACCAUUAUUAUUCCCAAAGGUUAUCCGUCGCUUUAUAAUGAUCCGGAACUUACCGCUAAGGCAGAAGCCCUGGCAAAAGAGUACCUGGGAGAGUCGCAGGUAACAACACUGGCCCUGCGUAUGACCGCCGAUGACUUUGCCUUUUACGGGCACGAGGUGCCGGGCUGCUUUUUCCGUAUCGGCACCAAUAAAAAUGGAGAAGAAUUUACCGCAUCCGUGCACAACCCUCAUUUUGACAUACACGAAGAGGCGAUGAUCACGGCUAUUGGUACCAUGGCCUGGCUGGCGGUGAACGCCGUGAAAUAA